AGCAUGGCAUGGCAUAUCUGGUUUCAAGGAUUCUGCAUGCUUACUAUUCAUUCUGUAGUUAAGUCUCUGUAUAUGAAGGAAACUGAGUGUGUACAUUCAUGCUCAGGUAAAGGGCAAUACAGUGUGAUAAAGUGUUUACUCUAGUCUUUAAUGAACUCCUAUUUUUUAUGGAAAAUAUUCCAUGUAAGUGAUUUAAGUGAUGUAAGUGAUUAAGUAAGGGACUACUGCUCCAUAAGUUAAAAACUCCAAUAACAUUUUCCCUUUCUUUAUCCAGACUACAAAUAGCUCUUCUGGACAAGAUGAACACCACCAUCGAUGACUCUUCCAUGUUAAGUUUAGAGGGCUUCAUUGUGUCUCCUGAAGCUGCUCAUCCUCUUUUUCUGUUAACAUUGGCAGUAUAUCUGGUUAUUUUUAUUGGAAAUGUUACAGUAUUUUCUGUUAUUGUUUUUCAAAAGAAUCUACACGAGCCAAUGUAUCUCCUGCUAUGUAAGAUGUCUGUUUGUGAUUUGAUUGGAAGCACAGCCAUAAUGCCUAGAUUAAUGGCAGACUUCCUCACAGAGGUUAGAUAUAUCUCAUAUGCAGCUUGUGUCGUUCAGGCUUUCUGUGUUCAUUUCUACGGUUCAGCAGCUCAACUGAUAUUGACUGUAAUGGCUUAUGACAGAUACAUUGCAAUUUGUGACCCAUUAAGAUACAACAGCAUAAUGACAACUAGUACUUUGGUGAAGCUGUGCUCCCUUGCCUGGGGAGGGGCAUUCGUUUUAAUAAUAAUCCUCUUUGCUCUUACUCUUAGACUUCCGAGAUGCAGAUCACGGAUAGGACAUGCUUAUUGUAGCAAUGCAGCUUUAUUUCUUUUAUCUUGUGCUGACACUACUGUAAAUAACAUUUAUGGCUUAUUUAUUACAGUUUUUCUAAGCGGUUUGUCUUUUUUGGUGAUUGUCUGGACGUAUAGUAAAAUACUAAUUACAUGUUCAUAUAAAAGGCAAAGCAGUAGUAAAAGCAAAGCCAUUCAUACAUGUGCUACUCACUUAACUGUCUAUAUUAUUUUUGAAUUCAGUAUUUUAUUCAGCAUCAUUAUGCAGCGAUUUCAAAAUGUCAGCCCAAAUGCACGGAAAAUGUUUGGGGUGUUAAGUACGACCUUACCACCGUGUGUUAAUCCUAUCAUUUACGGAAUUCAUACAAAAACCAUUCAGAAUAAUGUUUUAAAAUGUUUUAAAAAUACAAUACUACCAAAUCAAUGAUGCUGGUGGUGCAUUAUGCAACAUUCCGUUUUUUAAGUCAAUAUUUAAUUUACACGAGUACAUCAGUUCAAUGAAUAAUAAAUAUAUACGAACAUGGUUCAUUAAUAUGUAUUAAAAUAGAUAUAAUAAAGCAAACAGGGAAGAAACACUGGGAUAUACAAUAUUAGCUGUCAGAUUCUGUAUCAAUAGAUUUAUUGUAUUAUUUUCCUAAUAUUAUUGUACAUUUAUGAUAAAACAAUAAAAAA